AUGAUGCAGCAAAUCACUGCUGGUCCCGGCGUCGCGCCUGCUGAACACAUGGCCAAACACGGGAAUGAGCUCUUGUCCUUUUCCGAUGCCACUACCAUUGUCGAUAUGGGUUGUGGCCCGGGCCAGGUCACCAACGCGGUAUUGCAGGCUCAUGAUACGCGGAUUCCGGUUUCCGCCAAGGUGAUUGGAGCCGACAACAAUGCGCAAAUGUUGGCUCAGUAUAAUGCGCGCAAGCAGGCUGAAGUUGACAAGGGCAACACAUCCUGGCAGCAUGCCGAGACGGUCGAGGUAGAUAUCCAUGAUUGCGCCGCCUUUGAGGAUGAUUCUGUCAGCCAUAUGCUAUGCGGAUUUGUCCUCUUCUUGGUCCCUGAUCCCGCCAAAGCCAUUGACGCCAUGAAGCGCGUCGUGGCACCUGGAGGCGUGGUCGCCAUGUCCUCUCUACAGAGCAGUGAAUGGGUCAGGCUAUCCAUGUACCCAUUAAAGGUGCGCCCCGACUUGAAAAUGGAUAUUCCUACCAAUGGCUGCUCCUCGGCCGAGGACGUGACUCGGCGCCUUACGAUGGCCGGCUUCAAGGACAUUGAGGUUGUUGAGAUUGAAAACUAUCUGGCAUUUGACGAUUACGACGUGAUUUGCCGGUUUCUCUUGACCAAGUUGCCUAUGGCGGCGAGAAUCAUUGCCCAGAUGACGAACGAAGAGGUCCUGAAGACGCAGGAGUUGAUGAUGGCGGACUUGAAGGUUUGGCAUCCUAUCCUGCCGGCCAAGAUGGUUGGAAAGGUGAAUGUGGCAUAUUGUCGCAAAUAA